AAUUAUAUCAAUUAGUAAUAAGAUUAUCUCUUUUGUCCUUUCUGUUACAUUCUCUUGUAACUAAAAGGGUUUUCAUGCGUACGUUAUGAAUUUGAUCAAUAUAUAUAUCAUCUAUAUAGUUGCUUGAUUUCUCUCAUCAUCGUCUCAAGCCUCUCUCUCUCUCUCUCUCUUUCUUAUAUAUAAUGAUAAUGGAAGCCAUUGAUGAUGAUCAGGAGCAGCUAUUGAGUCUUAGCCUUGCAAUUGUUUCAGAUUCGGGUUGUGAUGAUAGGAAAAGGAAGAGGAAUAUCAGAUCAAGAAUAAAUAUGAAUAAUAUUUCACAUGAUGAUGAUGAUGAUGAUGAUGAUGAUGAUGAUGAUCAAGGUUGUAGUAGUAAUAGUACCGAAGGGAAGAUAUUUCGUCUUCUGCAAGUCAGAGAACAAAUGCUCAAACUUAAUCAACACAAGAAGAAUAUUAUUAAUAAGAAAGCAAUUACUAGUUCUACUGCUAAUAAUGAUGGAAGUACUAAUAAUGGCCUCAAUUUGAUCCACCUUCUCCUUUUAACCGCCACAGCCAUCAACGAAAACGACACAGUUUCGGCCUUGGAGAAUCUGAACGAGCUUUACGAAGGUGUGUCCUUAAAUGGCGACUCGGUUCAAAGGGUAGUGGCCUAUUUUGCAGAUGGUUUGGCGGCCAAGAUUCUCACUCGGCAAUCGCCAUUUUUUGACAUGAUCAUGAAGGAGCCAACGGUAGGCCAAGAGUUCAUAGCUUUCAUAAACCUCUACAGGGUUUCUCCUUACUACCAAUUCGCUCAUUUCACGGCUAACCAAGCCAUAAUCGAGGCAUUUGAGAAGGAAGAUCUUCUUCAUCAUCAUUAUCAUGAUCAAAAGAACAUCAAUCGCGCAUUGCAUGUCAUCGAUUUCGACAUCUCUUACGGAUUUCAGUGGCCUUCUCUCAUACAAUCCCUUUCAGAAAAUAAGGCCACCGGCGGCGGCAGCAACCACCGGCCGAUCUCGCUCCGGAUUACUGGAUUUGGCAGGAGUCAAGAAGAGUUGCAAGAAACGGAGAACAGACUUGUGAGCUUCGCUAAAGGGUUUCGGAAUCUGGUCUUUGAUUUUCAAGGUUUGUUAAGAGGACAUAAUAAUUCUUGUAAUAUUAUUAAUAAGCUAAGGAGUAAGAGGAACGAAACAGUGGCUGUGAAUUUAGUGUUCCAUUUAAACACUCUGAGCAACAAUUCAGAGGUGUCCGAGACGUUGAAUUUGGUUCAUUCCAUCAACCCUUCGAUCGUGAUCUUGGUUGAACAAGAAGGUAGUAGAGCUACUCCGACAACAUUCUUGUCCAGGUUCAUGGAGUCUUUACACUAUUUUGCUGCCAUGUUUGAUUCUUUGGAAGAUUGUCUCCCUCUGGAUAGCGCCGAGAGGUUGAGCAUAGAGAAGAAUCUUCUGGGAAAAGAUAUCAAAAUCAUGCUCAACUAUGACUUUGAUCAUCAUGACCAUGAUCAUUAUCGUUGUCCGAAAUAUGAGAGGCUGGAGACGUGGAAAGCAAGAAUGGCGAGCCAUGGAUUUGGAGGGGUUAGAAUAAGCUCUAAGUCUUUGAUACAAGCAAAGCUACUCCUGAAAAUGAGGACCAAUUAUUGUUCUCCUCUACAGUUCGAUGGUGACAAUAGUAAUGGCGGUGGGUUUAGGGUUUUUGAAAGAGAUGAGGGAAGAGCUAUUUCUCUUGGCUGGCAAAAUAGGUAUCUCCAUACAGCUUCUGUAUGGCAAUGUCUAUAAUAUAGAGAUAUCCCUUUUAAAGAUAUAGGUGUUACAUUAAACGUACUUCUCUAACUUAUCUAUAUAUAUGUGUGUGUGUUCAUUUUCAUUUUUGUAAUUUUAUCUCUACAAU